AUGGUGGCAGGGUCAGAGUUGCGACACAGAGGGGCGGGACGGUCUGAAGCCUCCAAACCCCGGCCCACCAGCAGCACUAUGCACAGCGGUCGCGAAGCGGAGAAGGCUUUCGAAAUGCUAAACGCUGUCAAAAAAGCCGAAGAAUUGCCAACAUCAGCGCUCGAUUGGUGGACCCCAGUGUUCACAAUUGGUUCCAUGGCACUGUCAAUUGGCAAUCAGAUCUCUGAGAAUGUCGUGGCGGGUGUGUUGGAUGUUGGGAGCGGUGGGCUGGCCUUCAUGACGACCACCGCUUCCACCAACAAGAAGUUUGAUUUGGCGAGGUUGGAACGUGAAAAGAUUGACUUAAAUGUCAAUCUGGCUCGAUUGACGGGUGAAAAGAAUGAGGCGGCCAUGGCACAGAAUCAGGCGGCCAUGGCACAGAAUCAGGCGGCCAUGCAGGCGACCAUGGCACAGAUUCAUGCGGAGGUCCUGCAGCUACUGCGUGGCCUCCAGCAACAGGUCGGGCAGCAACAGGUCGGGCAGCCACAACCGGUCGGGCAGCAACAGGGCGGGCAGCCACAACAGGUCGGGCAGCAACAAGUCGGGCAACUCCACCGGCCAGCCGCAACCAUUGACCGUGAUAUUCUUAUUAUCAAGAAUGCCAUCCUAGAGGUGAAGUUCGAGAUUGACACAUUGCUUGGAAAAGAGCCGCAGCCUGGAGCUCCCAACGGAUAUCGAGAUUUGGCUGCAGCGAUCGUUUGA